GCUAAAAAGUCAGAAGGCAACACAGUUUUCUAAAUUUCUAGAAAAUGAGGAACAACAGGACAACGUGGCCUUUUUGGUUGACUUUACCUCACAUUUAAAUGACCUGAACUUGAGGGUACAGGGCAAGGAUAAUUCAAUUUGUGAACUGAUGACAGCUGUCCGUGCCUUUCAGAGAAAACUUGAGAUGUUCAAGGAAGACCUGCAGGAAGACUGUGUCCACUUCCCUGCAGUGCAGGAACAGGUUCAGGGACAGAGAGAUGUGUCUUCUUUUGUUGAGUUUAUUGAGAAGCUCAUUGUAAACUUCAACAAUCGUUUUGACAGCUUCAGUGUUGGACAGCAGCUCACCRUGUUCAUCCAAAACCCAUUUGUCAUCACAGACAUCAGGAGCUUCUCAAAGGAAAUCACACAGCACUUCAAAUGGGCAAAUGCUGGGCAUUUACAGAUGCAGUUAGUUGACCUCCAAGCAGAUUUGUCCCUGAAGGAGCUGUUUGUCAGGACUGAUCCUUCCACUUUCUGGCUCCAGAUGGUUCCUGAUUCCGCUUUCCCAGGUCUGAAGCAAGUAGCCUUGCAGAUCUUGACCAUGUUUGGCYCCACUCACAACUGUGAAGCAGCUUUCUCCACAAUGAACAUAAUUAAAAAAAAUACCCUUCCAGGCUGACCAAUGAGCACCUCCACACAUGCAUGAGAAUGGCUCUGACUCCAUUCAAGCCCAGGUUUAAAAUUCUGGCAGGACRAGCAAGAGCUCACUUCUCUCACUGAGCAUAAAAUAAAUAAGGG